GGCCUGGGCGCGGCGGCGGCCGAGAAGAUGGCGGACGGCGACAGCGGCAGCGAGCGCGGCGGCGGUGGCGGGCCCGGCGGCUUCCAGCCCGCGUCUCGCGGCGGCGGCGAGCAGGAGACGCAGGAGCUGGCCUCGAAGCGGCUGGACAUCCAGAACAAACGCUUCUACCUGGACGUGAAGCAGAACGCCAAGGGCCGCUUCCUCAAGAUCGCCGAGGUGGGCGCGGGCGGCUCCAAGAGCCGCCUCACGCUGUCCAUGGCGGUGGCCGCCGAGUUCCGCGACUACCUGGGCGACUUCAUCGAACACUACGCGCAGCUGGGCCCCAGCAGCCCCGAGCAGGUGGCAGCGGCAGCGGGCGCCGAGGAGGGCGGUGGGCCGCGGCGCGCGCUCAAGAGCGAGUUUCUGGUGCGCGAAAACCGCAAGUACUACCUGGACCUCAAGGAGAACCAGCGCGGCCGCUUCCUGCGCAUCCGCCAGACGGUCAACCGCGGCGGCGGUGGCCCGGGGCCCGGCGGCCUGCAGAGCGGCCAGACCAUCGCGUUGCCCGCGCAGGGCCUCAUCGAGUUCCGCGACGCGCUGGCCAAGCUCAUCGACGACUACGGCGGCGAGGACGACGAGCUGGCUGGGGGCCCGGGCGGCGGUGCCGGGGGCCCCGGGGGCGGCCUGUACGGGGAGCUCCCGGAAGGCACCUCCAUCACGGUGGACUCUAAGCGUUUCUUCUUCGACGUGGGCUGCAACAAGUACGGAGUGUUCCUGCGCGUGAGCGAGGUGAAGCCGUCCUACCGCAACGCCAUUACCGUCCCUUUCAAGGCCUGGGGCAAGUUCGGGGGCGCCUUUUGCCGGUAUGCGGAUGAGAUGAAAGAGAUCCAGGAGCGGCAGAGGGAUAAGCUUUAUGAGCGACGCGGCGGAGACGAGUCAGAGGGAGAGGAGGUGGAUGAGGAUUGAAACGCCUAGCUUCCCCUACGGGCCUCCCCACCCCACCACUAGAGAGCCCCCCUUCCUGUUCAUCCCAGUGAGCUAGUGGAGGGGGAGCAAGGGAGGCCCCAGAAGGAGAAGACAAAAUUUAAAAUAAUAUAGUUAAUUAAGAGAAAUAACCAUAAGAGAGAACAGUCACGGACAACUAGAGAAAAGCAGUAAAGUUCCAAGGAAUUGACAGCAACCUACAAAGAGAGGACGACAGCGCCUCCUCACCUGAGCAAAAGUCUCAACUUCUGUUGCUUCCCAGCUGAGGUUCCUAAAUCCAUCAGGAUAAUCCUGGGUGGGGUAGAUCCUUGCACAUUGGCCAAGGAACACCUCUUGAGUUACCCAGACCCACUGAUGACAGCUGAAUUUGUAUUAUACCUGGGGUAACCUGGUCUUAAGAUAGUGUCUUAUCCCUUCACCUCCAUUGAAAUCAGCGUUUUGGAUCUAGAUCUUCAUGGAAUUUUUGUGAAGAGAGAGGCAUUUGCAGUUACCCAGUUCUGAGGGUACAAGUUUUAUGAAAAGGAAUGCAACUUUAAGUAAUCAUAGACAGGGCAAAAUAAGAAUUCAAGAAGCCACCAGGGAAUACAGAAACAAGUCGGAUCCAUUUUUUUUUUAAAUGGUUUUGCAUGGAACCUGGAACAAGGUCCAUGUCUUGUCUUUGCAGAAUUAUUUUCCGGGAUGCAGAUGGAUUCAGGUGUCAGUCCUUGAACUAGAAUCCGUUAUUAUAAUAUUUUGGAAGUUGGCAAAACUUUUUCAAAGAUAAAAGCAGUUUUACAUUGGGGGUUGCUGAGGUAGGCACAAGCAGAAAUCAGGCAUAAAGCACAAGGAAAACUGUUUGAGUGGAUUGGUUGCUGCUCACUAAAGUUCUUCCCCGAUCUCCAAAUAUGGAGGUCAUGUCUUAGAUAUGAAUGAGAGCCAGAUCCCCGUGGCUCCACCGUGUGAGCCAGUGAAUUAUGGCUAAUUCGGCAGUUUCAGCCACUGGUUGGCUGGAUUUUAAACCGUAAAACUUGAAGAUAUCUACAAAAGGAACAGUGGCUACAAGCCUGAGCUUUAAUGGAAUAUAAGUCCUCACAGAAAAGUUCGAAAUAACCAAAACUGAAGUCUUCAUCUACCUUCAGUUUAAUCUGUGGAUUUGUUUAAACACUAAAGAUCCUCAGGUCCAGAAUUCCAGCAACAUUUAUUCUUUUAAAAUAAAUUUUUAAGAACUUGAUCCAUUGUAUCAGUACCUCACAAUCAAGUUGGCAAACGAUGGAUGAGUGAUUCAAGUAGCGUGCCCUUUGGAAGCUGAAAUCCAUCUGAAUGGAGCUGAAGUGAACGUGAAUAUGCUGACUAUAUCCUGGAAGCAUUUUUAUACCAUCUUGAAAUUUCAACAAAACUGCCUUUUGCCAGUUUAUCCAGCUGUCUUUCAAGAAUAAAAGUUGGGGUUUUCAA